GCGAAGGAGGUGUGACUCGAGUCCACCGAGUGUAUCGAUUACACCAGAAUCAGCUGAUUGUAAACCCUCAUCUCACUGAUUUGUGAAUCUUGCUGAUUUUUUAAAAGACAAUCGGAGCCUCGAGGAGCUGGCUCCUGAUUGGUCGAGUCUGAUUGACACCGGGGAAUCCUGAUUGAUUGGGAGCUCGAGCUGAUCGAUUGGCAGUCCGCGCGGCUCCGGGAUGAGCGGCUCCGGGGAGCUGCUGUGUGAGGGCUGGCUCAGGAAGUCUCCCCCCGAGAAGAAGCUGCGCCGCUUCGCGUGGAAGCGGCGUUGGUUCGUGCUGCGCAGCGGUCGUCUGAGCGGGGAACCGGACGUCCUGCAGUACUUCAAGAACCAGCAGUCCCGGAGGCCGAUCCGGACCAUCAACCUGAGCCUGUGUGAGCAGGUAGACGCCGGCCUGACCUUCACCAAGAAGGAGCUGGAGAGCAGCUUCGUGUUCGACCUGCGGACGGAGGAGAGGACCUGGUACCUGGUGGCCGAGUCCCAGGAGGACAUGGACCGCUGGGUCGCCUCCAUCUGCCUGCUGUGUGGAUUCAACCCCGCGGAGGACGUCCCGGAGAAACCUCCGUCCUCCGGCUCGUCCUCCGUCACCAAGGCGACGGUGGCCGGCCGCGCCGCCGCCGCCAUCGCCCCGGGGGUCCCGGGGGUCCCGGGGGUCACGGGGGUCACGGGGGUCACGGGGUCGGUCCCGCCCCCCUACGACCCGGUGAGUGUCAGGAGCUUGGUUACCGGCGGCAACGCGGAUGAAAAUUACUUGUGGUUGUCGCACUGCCAGAGUCACAUCAGUCCUCCUUUAGGCUCCUCCCUCUCUCUUGAACCCGACUCCAAUGACAACCCUCCUCCUCCUCCCUCCGCCACCUCCUCCUCCUCCUCUUCCUCCUCUCCUUCCCUACUCCACAACGGCCUCCCGCCUCCAUCCUCCUCCUCUUCCGGCGGCUUCAGGACGGCUGCUUGGUCGGGCUCUCUGAGCCGGUCUCCGGACGCCGCCGUGACCUCUGACCUCCAGAGACGAGCCGGCCGACCCCGUUGUCACCCCUCCCCUCACCCCAGGAAGCUCUCCCUGGACCUCCACCUGCGGCCCGCGGUCGUCUCCGUCGGUAGCGAGGGACUCUCCUCCGCCAGCGGGUACCAGAUCCCCCGGCCAGCGUCCACCGCGAAGCCCCGCCCCCUGCGCCGCCCCGCCUCCACCCCCAGCGUGGACUCCCUGAGCCACUCGACCCCCCCGCCGCGCCCGCCCAAGCCCCCCCAGGCCGCCGCCCCGGGUGAGGGCCCCCAGGCCCCGGGUGAGGGCCCCUCAACGGGCGCGAGGGCCGCCACGCUGCCCCGCCGCCCGCCCCCCGAGAGAGAGAGGAGGGACGGGCGGCCGGAGGGGGGCGGCGGCCUGCCGAGGUGCAACACCUUCAGUGGACCGGGACGCACACAGACAGGUUCGUUCUUCACGCCUCGGUCUCCCUCCGACCGAGCGAGCAUGUUCGAGUUCAGCGAGAGCUUCAACAGCUACUUUUUUAAUAAAGGCAUGGCGCCUCUGGGUAGCGUUUGCUCUGAAGAUGGCGACGUGGACGAAAACUACGUUCCCAUGAGCGCCGCCACCACCGAGCCCGCCGUCGCCGCAAGGGAGCCUCCGCCUCCUCCCUCGGACCCCGGGGUCCACGUCCAGGAGGCCGACUACGUCCCCAUGACCCCCCUCACCCCUUCCCUCCCGGGCCUUCCCAACCCCGCCGCGGGCGACCUGGCCCCCCUCGGGCGACAAGUCCCCCCGCCCGCCCACAUGGGUUUUCGUACCUGCCCCCUGACCCCCGUGGACCCCCUCGAGCCGCCGCUCCGGAGGAACGCCGCCAAUGCUUCCGGUGGAGCGGAAGUGGUGGCGAUGCCGCCGCCGGUCCACCGCAACUUAAAGCCACAGCGCAGAGCCGCCGGCGCCGCUCAGCCCGCCGAGAGAACCGACGUCCAGACGGCCGCGGAGCCGCCGCACAAGACGAGAGUGAAACCAGCUCCUCUGGACAUCACUUCGGUGCAGCUGGACUGGCAGGAAGUCCCGCCCCCUGUGCGCUCGCCCGUCACUCGAACCUUCACGAGGGAUCCGUCCAGCUGCCGGUCGGUCAGGCCGACCUCCGCUCACAGCUCGUCCCCGUCCUCCGACUCCGAUGACGCCAAUGAGAGCUACGUCUCCAUGACGACGACCAACUCCAGCCUCAGCUACAGCACCGGGGAGCCGUCUCUGAGGCUCAUGCUGCACCGCGCCUCAGAGGGCGGAGUCAGCAGCCCGAUGCUCCGGCGAGCCAUCGGCGACAAACAGGUGGAGUACCUGGACCUUGACCUCCACACCUGGCGGUCAACACCAACAAGACAGAAACGCUGCACGGCGGCGGGGGGGGGAGGGGGAGGCGGCGGGCGCGCACGUGGCGAGCGUGCACGUGUGGACUACGUGGUGGUGGACCCCAAGAGGACCAAGGCCCUGAGGAGCACCAGGGAGGCGUGGCACGACGGCCGGAUGUCCACGGAGAAGGAGAAGUGACUGCACCUCCACCUUAUUUACCUUAUUUACCUGAUUUACCUGAUUUACCUUAUUUACGUUGAUUUUUUGACAUUUGUUUUAAAUGUGGGAGGAGUUUUAGUUUAUAGCAAUAAAACGGUAAUUAAUGUGAGGAUACGAUUAUCCACAGCUCCUUUCAGCUCUAGCUCCUGAAGUGUUAAAAUCAGAUGUUAUAGAUCGAAAGAUUUGAAACCAAUCGAUCGGGAUCAAUAGAUGUUGCGUAAUCAUCACGUGACGCCAUGCUGCUGAUUUAUUGAUUAUGUGACAGCGGAGAUGAUGAAAUGAAUAAACGCUACACCUCUCUUC